CAGGGCAACCAGUUGAACGGAGAUUUUGUAACGAUCGCUUAUCGUUUUCUAAUACAAAAAAAAACUACAUAGUGUUAAUUGUAAAUAAAAACAAUAAAUUAAGGUAUGGCGGUACAAGGACGCGAGUAAUGUUUUCAAAACGCUUCAAGGUAAUUCCACGUAACUAGUCAAAAAUAAUCCGUAAACCAGUGAUCAUAAUAUUAUACAACGUAUUCACACCUAUUUUCACACAAACCCACGCAAAAAUAACGUGUUUUCAGUAGCAGAAGCUCCUCUCGAAACGAUAUGUUGUGUUCUUAGUUGGGCGGUGACAUUUCGUUGGGUCCAAGUGAAAAUAGGAUAUAAACAAACGAAAGUGGAAAGUAUGGGCGUUAUGAAAACUGGCACGUACUAAUGUUUAUUUGUUACAAAUUAAUGUAUACCGACUAAACAUAUGGAAUCUGAAUUGUCACCAGAUAACGAAAUAAAUUUAACACCAGAGCCGAAAAAGGACUAUCAAUGGGAAGAUUUGAAAAGAGAUCGUGAGGCAGGUGGUUAUCCUUGGACGCAUCUAUUGAAAGUGCCUAUAGAAGGUGAGAUCACCGCUGAAGAUAUAAUCCGGGAAACGACUCCUAGAAGAAGCAUGUCGCGGGAGUUUUCAAAAUCCCGAACUCAUUCACCUGUGGAUAGAGGUGGCCAAAAAAUACUUAAUCUAGACUCAUCUCCAGGGAGCAGUAGAAAGCAUGGCGAAGAAGGUGAAGACGAAGGAGUUCAUAUACCAAAUUUUUCUAAAGAAAUUUCUUUAGAUUCUGAUGACGAUAUUUUAAAUAAAACAGCCAGUUCACAAGCACCCAAGACACCUGAAAGUCAACCUAGUGCACACUUAGAGGCUCCAGCUGCAACUCCUAAAAGUGUUUCUCCAAAAAGCAUAUUGAAGCGACGUAUGCCUGAACCACAGUAUAUAGGUGCUUCUGAAACACGAGAAAAAACUAAGUGUUGCCAUCCACUGGUAAAUAAGAUUAAACACUUAGCCGAUAAAACAUUACAUAAGUUAGAUAAAACUGAAAAUGAUAAAUCACCAACGUCAAAACGCAAAAAAAAUGAAAAGGUUCAAGAAAUCAGACAGUUAAAAAAUUCACCUGGAGCAGUCCGAAGGCAAAAAUUUGGUGCAAUUAGGUUAGGUGAUUCAGAUGAGAUGAGUAAAACUAUGAGUGUUGACUCGCCACUACUAAGGAGAAAAAAAGAUCAUGUAUAUGAAGAUAUUGACGAACCGAAGGACACCAACAUAGAUAAAUCCUUACAAUAUGCAACAGAUUUAAAUAAACAAUAUAAUGAUAAAAAUAAUAGCAAUAAAGAAAACGAUAGUAUUGCAGAAAAAAAAUCUAAUGCAUCUCAAGAUCCAAGUUUAGUAACGGAUGAUAAUUCAUCUUUAAAAGCUGACGAACAUAUAAUGGAAAAAUUGUAUAAAAAAGAUGACAUAAAUAGGGAAGCUAUGCUCCUGGAUGAAGAGAUGGACCCAGAAGAGCCGAAAAUAGAAGAACUAUUUCAAAAUCAAAAGGAUGACAGUCGAAAAUGUGAUGACUCUCCUAACAUAACCAUUACAGAAAUUAUUAAUGACGAUAAUAGUAUCGAACAAUCUACAACCAUACCUAUCGAGACAUCACCAAGCCCGAGUCCUCGUGAUACUGAACGGAAAUAUACAAAUGCGGAAUCCACUGAUCAUGAUUGGUCUAGACCCAACAGUGAUCACGAAUAUGAAAUAAUAGAAAAGCCGCCUCCUAACAUAAUUUAUACCUCACCAAGUAUUGACAGUAAACCAACCAUGGUUAAAACUGAAGACGAGUUAUCUAGUACAACAUCUUUAGAACGGAAAUGUUUACAACACACAUCUGACGAAGAAGAUCACAUUGAUGACGAUGAGAAAGGUCAUGCAAUCGAAGAAAAAAACGAGAGUUUAAUGAAUGCUGAAGCAUUACAAAAAGAUAUCGAAGAAAGGUAUUUUGUAAACACACCUUCAAGUGCAUCGCGAACUGAAUGUGAGGUUAGUACAAGUCAAGUUGAGGAUUCAUCUGCAUUGGAAAAUUUGCCUUUAAAACGAAGUAGUCGAAACAAAAAUUCUGACGGCACUGAAAAUAAAAUACAACAACGGAUUAAAGAAGGAACAGGCAAAUUAAAAUCACAAGCCGGAAAACUUAAAGCUAAAUUACAUAACAUUAGAAAUAAACAAUUUAGUUUACCUGAAAGGCCUAAGUUUAAGAUGCCAGAACGCACAAAGAAUUCCGUUCCAGAAAAAAGAAAAUUCAGUUUGCCAGAAAGACCUAAAUUCAAAAAAAUUAAUAUAUCUGAAAAGUUAUCGUUUGGGGACCGUAAAAAAUUCAGUUUACCAGAUCGACCCAAGUUUGGAGAAUUUCCUAAAUUUAAGAUGCCUGAACGGCCAAAAAUUAAUUUUCCUAGUAUUGGUCGAAAAAAAGAACAGCGAGCUGAAAGUAAAAGGUCAGAUUCUACAUCCGACUUACAAAAUGUGGCAUCUGUAGAAUUUGAAACAAAAACGUAUCCAAGACUAUUUGGUAGAAAGAAAAAACCUCCUUUAACGAAAACCUCUUCUUCUCCUAUUUUAAAUAGAGAAGACACACCACCACCAGUAUUUACUUUUACUAGGGUGAAAAAAAGUAAUCAAGAUGAUCCAUCUACAUUUACACUUGAUACGCGAGAACAACCACGAGAGUAUGGUAUUGUUGAUAAAGACGUUAAUUAUGGGAAUGAAAGUGAAGGGAGGGAGCAAUUUAGUACAACAUAUGACUUUGAUAAAAUGGAUCAAUACGUAGAUGAGGAGGAAACUCAAGAAAACCUCAACGAUGAUGAACAAGCAAAUGUAUCACCGUCUAAUCAAGAAUUCACACAUAUAAACGAAUUAAAUAACGACGAAUUUUUUGUACGACCGAGAGGAAUUUCUCGCGAAAAUAUUCAAGUUCGGGAAUACUUAAGCGAUGAAAUACGACAAGCAUUUAAUAUUCCCAAAAAUGUUCUUGCUGUCAUGGGGAGCUCUGAGGGAAUAAAAAACAUGUAUGUCAACGAACUAGAGCCAGAAGCCGAUUCCGAACUUAUAAUCGAUGAUAGUGACAUUAUGAGGUAUUCGACCGAGGAUAUAAAUGAAAGAGAUGAUGGAUACUACACAUUCCCACCUGUAAGACCCUCUAGAGCUAAACGAAAGAAGAAAGAAACUGAAUCGAUUAAAUAUAUCGAUGACAGUAUCAAUGCCAGCAUGCAGUUUAGCGAGGUAGAUUUAGUACUUUCACGAGAUGAACUAGAUGCCAAUAAAAUGAAUUUUGCUGAUAAAACAAUCGAUUUUAGCAGUUCAGCUAUUGAUUUUGAUUUAAAGCCAACAACGGAUCUUCAGUCAAUACAUGAAUAUGCAAAUGAUGAUGUUAUAGAAUAUCCAGAUGGUCUUACGAUUCAAUCAAAAACUCUUCCAAUGCCACCAAAAAGGAAGAAAAAGUCAAUAAAAAAAGACAACAAACAUUCUUCACUGAACGAUUUUAAUAGCUUCAUUGUACCAGAGAUGUGGCAGUCACCCAAUGACCAAAAUGAAGAUAUCAUCGUAUAUAGAACUGAACACGAGUAUAUUGUUCCUCAAACAAAUAUGUCAAUUGCCGAACAAAGUCCAGUACCUCCAAGACGUAACCGAUCAAGGAGCUCUCGAACAACAUCUUUUUGUGACGAUGACCGAACUUCACAUGGCGCCGAAUCAUUAAUCCUUGACACACAAAUACCAAUUACUGAAGACAUCAAAUCAGAAACUAGUACACGUCAAGAAAGCCCUGGUUAUGCUACAGUCGAUAAAAGUUACAUGUCUGGUAAAACGACUAGAAGAUCUACAAGUAAAACGCCACCUGCAAGACGCAAAAGUAAUAGUUCUGAACGUAAAUAUUAUACAGUAUCAGGCAGUAAGGCUGUCUUGCCUAGUCGGCCGCCGAGAAAGAAAUCUUCAACAAGUCUUAUAGCUUUAAACAGUUUUAGAAAAGAUUCUCUCAAUGCAACGCAGUACGAUGAAAUAGAUGAACCUCCAUUUGAAGAGGUACAUAAAGACCUACAAUCUGGUGCAGUUGUAAGUAAAAUGAAAGAUCGACCCUUACCACCUCCACCGCGGCCACCAAGAGGCCCUAGACGUAAAAAGUCAGAUGAUGUAAUAGAUCAAUAUAAAUCUAAAUCAGAGACACAGUUAUUCAGUACUGAUGAAACUGAACCGCAAGACAUUGUUGAAAUUGAAGUUUCAACUCAAACAGACCCAUUACCAGAAGAUAUUGACUUUGAUUUAGCCCUUGAUGAAAAUCUUGAUAUAUCUAUGACCAGCUCAUUACGAGACAUUAUCGACGAAGAAUCUAUAUUGGGCAAAGUCCAUGAAAAAACCACUCAGCCACGUCGCCCUUCACGUUCGAUUUCAAGAUCGGAGAAGUCACUAAAAAUGUCAGAUCCUAAAAUAUCCGAUUAUUCUAAGCAAAGCCUAGGGCGAACCUCACCAGCGGUAAUUUUGGUGGAAAAACGUGUAUCAAGUCCGACAAAAAUAAAUGAAAAAGAUGAAAUAUUAACCGAAGCCUCAUUAACAGUAAAACAUAUUGAUAUUGAUGAAUCUCAGAUACCAGAUGUACCACCACUUCCUAAAUCUGUCCUAAAAAUUUCACAAACUGCAGAUUCAAGUAAUGUUUCCAUUACAGAGGACGACCGUGCACUGAAAAGAGUUUCUGACUCUUCUAAGGACGUACGACUUGAUAAUUUAAUAACACAAAGACUUCAAGUUAGAGACUUAGAUGUAGGUCGAUUAAAUGUUUCAGAGUUGCAGGCAACAAAAAUUCUGGUAUCUGAUAUCGAAGGUAUGACAUUAAAUGUGAACGAGUUAGAUUCUAAAUCUGGACAUAUUUCAGUAAGCGGUAUUGAAUUUUCACAAUCAGUUAUUGACGAAAUUGUCAAAAAGUUUGCUGAAAUAUCAACAAGCACUGCCACUCCUCUAUCACAGUCAGUCGAAGUAAGCCAGCCAAUAAUUCAGACGGUCGAAGUGGUGGAAAUGCAAAGACCAAUAAGUAGAGAAGAAGAAACACAAACCGAAACUCCGCCAUCUGAAAUUAAAAUUGUACCACAGAACAUACAACCUGAAACUGUUGAAGAUAUUAUUGUGCCACCACAACGACCCCCACCGCCAGAUUUAUCGCCUCUAUUGUACUCGUAUCUACAGGACAUAGCGAUAUCAUCAACUCCAUUACAACAAGCUAGAUCGCUCAGGGAAAGGCAUGUGGGUGAGUUUCACGAGCCAACUCAAACGCCACCACCUCCAACACGACGUACGAAAAGGAAACCAGCACUUCCACUCAGUGGAUCGAGUUCAGACGAAAACAAGCCUAGACCCUCACCAAGACGAAUGCCACCACAGGCUAGAGCCCACGAACCAUCCAUAACUGAAGCGGGAGCCCAAUUUCUUCGUGUAUGUCAAAAUUCUAUUAGUAGAACUUUUAGAAAUAUUUUCAAUAUAUUUAUGUCCUACAUAAGCGGAACAGAAGAUAAAAGGGACGUUCAAAUGGCAAUGGUCAUAUUCCUUGUUUUGAUUGCAGGAUUAAUUAUGUUCGGUUUGAGCGAUAGUCGAACGAUACACCACCACCACUGGGAGUUUUUCAAUCCGCCAGAUAAUAAGCAAUGAUUUUAUCGGCAAACCAGGAAAAUCUUACUGUUUAAAAUUACAACAGGAUUGUUUUCUGAUUUUAGAAAUGACCUUUUUUGCAAGCUUAUAAUUAAUAACAAGCAUUUCUAAUCAAACUUUCCAGCACUAUUUAAAUAUUAAUUUGUACCUAUUUAUAUUAUUAUUUAGUACUUAUCUUAAGUAUUUAUUGAUCCAUUAUAUGUGUUUACGGAAUUAUCUGGUCCAUUUGUAAUAUCAAAACACCUGUAGUUUAAUAUGUAAAUGAACACUUUUGGUCACAAAUAAUGAUUAUUAUUUGUGUUUGUUUAACCAUGUAACCAUUGUUGUCUUGACUUCACCUACUCAUUAUGCAGGGAACAUGACCUCACCUACUAGAGUUUGCAGGGAACAUGACUUCACCUAUUAGAGUAUGCAGGAAACAUGACCUCCCUACUAGGGUUUGCAGGGAACAUGAUAUCACAUACUAAAGUAUGCAGGGAAUAUGACCUCACCUACUAGGGUUUGCAGGGAAUAUGAUUUCACCUACUAAAGUAUGCAGGGAACAUGACCUCACCUACUAGAGUGUGCAGGGAAUUUUUUAUCCAUAAAUCUUCCCCGAAAAUAAACAUGAUUUUAUUGUGUCGAUACAUUUUAGUGUACACUCGGGCUUUGUAUAAAACACAAUGUUAGCUGCAAAUUUAAGGUCUGGUAGCGGAUUUUCUUCAAAACUAAUUUAGUCGAACGAUUUCACUUUAAAUAUGAAAUGGCACUAAAAAGCAAACCUAAUUCAAACAUUUUCAACUCAACAGCAAUCAGCCAGGUUGGCAAAUAAAUUGCAAAUCUCAAAAUAUAUUCACAAAGUAAAAUGUAAAUUGUUAAUCCUUCGUCAAUUUAUUAUAACCUCGGGUAUAUAAAGCAUUAUCUUUAUAAAAAUAAUAAUUAUUGUAGGUAUUCCUAUACACUUGUACCUAUAAACUUGUAGGUAUUCUCGUAUAUAUGUGUUGUUAUUAAUAUGCACUAUCGUAUAUGUAAACGUAGUUUGUGGGCUGGUGUUUGCAUUUUGUAAAUUUGUUUUGUGUAAAUUGUACCUUUACUUUAUUGAAAUAAAAUUUGUUCAAAAUU